GUACGGACUCUACGUCGGACUAACGAUUUUUCAAAUUCACAGCGGAUGCGCUCAUGAAAAGUUCGAAUACAGAACUUUCCACAUCCAAGGCCAUCCUCGCCUGUCUCCUUCCAUUCUUCAUUAUCCUCGUCUUCUACGUUGUCCUCGAAACUGAUCAUGCCAAAGUAUCUUUUCGAAACAUGCUCUCGAGAUUUCCUCUGGCCCGCUCGACCCACUGGUCGCGAUUGUCCAGCUCCGUAUCAAGUCUCGGUCCAUUCUCACUACCCAAAGCAAUUUCGUCAUAUGACCAAUACUUAUCUGCCUCACUUGAAGAGAUAGAGACCAUGAGGGCUUCGUACUCAAGAUUAGGCUGGGUUCACAAAAAUAUUGGCUACAAGCUAGGGUAUCCAGAGAAACUGAAGCGAGCCGAAGACGUCACGAAACUGAACGCAAAGGUGACGCGUGGUAUCGUUGAUCUCGCACAUGCUGAGUUUGCUUCACAACAAUACCACAAGGGCCCGUAUGUCCCAACGGAUCUGAGCCGAGUACAGGAGUCACUGAAACAUUUUGUACGUGACUGGAGUGAUGAAGGUCGACGAGAACGGGAUAGGAUAUGCGAGCCUAUCCUGAGUGUGCUUAGAGAUGUGCCUGUAGAACGGCGAGCGAGCAUGAAGGUACUUGUACCGGGCUCUGGACUUGGCCGAUUGGCUUGGGAAAUUAGUGAACUUGGAUUCAACACAACUGCAAUCGAAUUCUCAUAUUUCAUGACCCUUGGCAUGCAUUUCUUGUUCUCUCCGCAAACUACUCAGACUUCCAACCAACAUACCAUAUACCCGUACGCCAACUGGUUCUCUCAUACCCGUCACAACGAAGAUCUCUUUAGAGGUAUCAGCUUCCCAGACGUCCUUCCCCGCUUUAAACCAAACCUUCGUCUUAUCGAAGAUGACUUCCUUGAGCAUAGAGGGGAGACAUACGACUUCGUGGCGACGUUGUUCUUCGUUGACACCUCACUGAACAUCAUCUCGACGCUAUCUCACAUUCACAAGUUGCUGAAUUCUGGUGCAACUUGGAUCAACUUGGGGCCCCUUCUGUGGACAAGUGGUGGACGAACAAGGCUAGAGUUGAGUUUGGAUGAGGUUUUGAAGUUGGCCCAAAUGGUCGGUUUCAAUAUCAAUGGAGAAGAAGCCGCGCACGAUGAAGAUUUUAACGGCAAAGUUGUCUCCAAAUUGAGUCAGGCUGCUUUAGAGAAGAGGAAGAGGCGAACGGUGGAAUGUGAGUAUACCGCGGAUCGACUAGCAAUGAUGAAGUGGUUGUAUCAGGCCGAAUUCUGGGUUGCUACAAAGAUCGAUCGAUAGUUGCCAGUGCCCAAGUGGGUAUAGACAUGCUUAUGCAACGUGUCUCGCCUGUCUCUGGAUGCACGAGCAAGUCUGCAUGCGAUGGCAGAACAGUGUCUGUGUGGCUCGCCUCUCUUUUGGUAAUACAAAGGCUCAAAACACUCGAUCACGUUUCCAUCUUUAACCGUUGUCACUGUGGCCUAUACAAUGAAGGAAUCGCCAGUGU